AAGGAAGAGAAAACAAAAAGCUCAUGGAAGCACUCAGGGGUUGGGAAAAUUUGGGGGUGGUGGACACCAUCUAUGAGGAAGACAAUGAAGACUCCUCCUCCUCCACCCUUCUCUAUCCCCAGCUCCCUCCUCCUCCCCUCCCACCCCCCUCCAUUUCAGAGUAGAGGCAUGGUCAAUGGCUAUAGGAAAUGAAACCGAUGUGGUGAUACAUGUUCAGAGUUCUUCUUUUCACCUGCAUAAGGAUCCGCUGGCAUCGAAGUGUGGCUAUCUGAAACGGCAGCUUGGGCAAAUGUCAGAAAUAACGUUGUCUCCGCCGUUAAACAUAACGGCCGCAACAUUCGCUCUAGUCGCCGAUUUCUGUUACGGCACCCACCUCGUCAUAACGCCGUUUAACGUCGCGGCCCUCCGAACAGCAGCCGAGUUGCUCGAAAUGACGGAGACUAACGGCGCAUGCCAAGAGAAUUUACGACAGAAAACGGAAACAUACUUCCGUCGGGCAGUCGCCGUUAACCGCGAAUACGCGUUAAUAGUCUUCCGUUCGUGUCUGUCGCUUCUUCCGGAGGCUGAAAAGACGGCGUUUCUUGUGAGCAGAUGCAUUGAAGCGUUGAGUUUAAUGGACGACGGUGACGGCGUUAUGACCUGUAUCGACGACGUUACAAAAGUUGGUGCCGAGGAUUUUCAGUUGAUCGCCGAGUCUAUGAGCCGUCUGUUGACUGAAAGUCAUGAUCUUGUCUACAAAAUCGUUGACGUAUAUCUUAAGGAAUACACCGACAAGAUAACAGAUGAUCAGAAAACCAGAAUAUGCAAUUACAUAGACUGCACCAUUCUCUCUCCUCAACUCCUCAUGCAUGCAGUGCAAAACCCUAGAAUGCCAUUGAGGUUCGUAGUCCAAGCCAUGUUCGUGGAGCAGCUCAACACCCGCCGCUCCAUCUUCUCCGCCGCCGACCACCACAACCACGUCCGCAAGCACCAAAGCAAAAACGCCGCCACCCUCGGUGCAAUUAUCCAACGAGACGCAGCGCUUCGUCAGGUGGCCCAACUCAAGUCCGCCAUGGAUGCCACUAGCUCUCGAAUCCAAACCUUGGAGACUGAGCUAAGUGGCAUGAGAAAGCUCUUGACAGACUCGGAAAAUCAUAGAAAUUCAGUUCUAGACUCAGGUCGGUCUGCAAGUUUUCGUCUUAGCUCGGAGAAAAUGGUAGAAAGAGAACAAAGAGGAUCGGCAAGCUUUCGGAUAGUUAGUAGGAGAGUGGGAGCUGGGGGUUCGUCUUCGUCGGAAGGGUCUGGUGAUGGGAGUCCGAGGAUUGAGAAGGGUUUUCGGAGAAGAUUGAUGAGUGGAUUAAAGAGUGCACUUAGGGUUUCGAGUUCAGCAUCUAAGAAGAAAUCUGAGAGCAAGGUUGAUGGAGAUGGAGAUGACAGUGGAAAGAGAGAUGUUAUUGUGAUAAAAAAGGACAAACCUUUUCAUCGCUGA